AUGACUAAAGAAAAAGCCGAGACUCCGCUUGUAACAGAGGAACCUGGUAAAGUUAGCAAAGCACCGCAAACUACGAAAGCAGAAGAAGAAGCACAACCUAGUCUUAAUCCUCUACCUACUACUUGGAUAUCUAAUGGAGCAUCAUGGUUCAACCCUGCAAAAGAGAAGGUAUAAGG